AUCAACUCUCACCUGAGUCAAAGUAGUAUUAGAAACGUAUUUCGAAGAUACAAGUUGACUAUACCUGCCUGUAACCCAAUACCAGUCAACGAUGCGUGUCUCGAGAGAAAACGUUCAUUUUUGAUCGCAUAAACAUUGUGAAAAUAUAAUUUAACAAAAUAUAUUUUUUUUGUUUUUUUUUUUUUAUAUAUGAAAACAAUAAAUAAUAAACUGCAAGUUUUAUUUAUUUGAUUUCUAAAAUUUGUUUUUAAAGUUUGUUGCGUAUAGAAUUUAAAUUCUCAUAAAAUGUACCUGCAUGUAAGACUGGGCCUUUAAGAGUGAGUCAUCGUUGGCAUCAUUGAAAGAGUUUAUAUUUUGUGGCAAAUGAAAAAAAAAAAAAACAAACAACAAAAUAGAAAGAAUUUAAGUGAAGAACAAGAAUUUUGCUAAGCUUUGAAAGCUGCCUUAACAGUUGCAAUAACUAUAAUGCCAGCCAUACAACAGUCCUUAGCAUUGGGGCAGAUGUGUAAUAAUGCAAAAGUGUGUUCUUUAGAAGAAUAUUGCUCUACGUUCAGUGAACGAUGUGAAAAAUGUGAGGAAAUUUGCGAUACAAUUUCUCAUAACUUUCAUGAGAGUGAUUGCAAUAAAUACUGUCCAGCUUAUGGCAACGAUAUUAAUCUAAAUGCACAAUUUCGUGUAAUGAUGGAAAAACAGGACAUGAUAUUCAUUAUUCUCAUCGUCCUUCUGGUUAUUGUGAUAAUUUCAAAUGGAAUUAAGAUUAUACGAUGGCUGAAGAAAAGACGAAUUGUAUCGAAAUUUCUCAAGAAGUUGACAUCAAUGAAAGAGAAAAAUGCAAAGGAAUUGAAUGCUGGAACUAUAGCCAAUGUCAUGAAUAUGCACGAAGCAGAAAGACCACCAUCCCAAAUUUAUAGUGUUACAGGAAUGGAAGGGUCAACAGUACUUACAGUUACAACUCCAGUUAGUACACGUUACCCUGCAGAAGAUAGCACAACAACAACCGAAUAUUCUUAUGAUAAUGCGGGGCUUCAAGUAACUCCUUCAUCGAAUAAACCACAUCCUUUUCCACAAAAUUAAUAUUAGUUUUGAGAUUUUUAAAUCUACAAAUGCAACAAUUCGUCCAUUGACAGUGAUAUAUCCCUAUAUUUACAUUUAUAUACUUAUCUUUAAUACAAUAAAAUUCUGUAAUUAA